CGCCAUUUGAAUCAGAGCUUACAGCAAUUUCGUAAUCCGUUCAAAAAUAGUAGAGGAGUCGCAGUAAUGAUCGGUCUAAAUAAAUACAACGUGCCGGUAUCGAUUAUUUUAAUAUUUCUAUUUGUUUCAACUGUUCUUUCACAAGAGAAAUUUUAUGAUAGAAGAUACGAUUACUACGAAAUUGAUACGUUGAUACAGAAUCCUAGAUUGUUGAAGAAAUAUUUGGAUUGUUUUCUCGGCAAAGGACCCUGCACGCCCAUAGGAAGAGUGUUCAGACAAAUUCUGCCUGAAGCGGUACAGACAGCGUGCAAGAAGUGUACACCAUCGCAGCGUAGGCUUGCAAGAAAAACGUUCAACGCCUUCAAAGGAUAUUUCCCAGAGACCCACGAGGAACUGCGGAAGAAACUUGACCCCAAAAACAAGUACUAUGAAGCUUUCGAGAAGGCUAUAUCGAGCGCUUGAACAAAUCCACUGCCCACUUAGCGUUUUACCAAAAAUCAACUGUCAAAA